ACGGUUUUACGUGUUAAAAAAUUGGCGGUUGCAUUCUGCUUGAAAUCCAGCUUUUCCUCUCGAGGAAAUUACAAUAGUGGACUUUCCCAGUGAGAAUCACUGGAAAAUGGAGGAAAUCCGUUGGUAUGGGGGUUGGAAUUCUCUUUGUCGGGGUUUUGUGUGUUUCAAUGUUUGAGUUUCAGUUUUCGAGAAUCAAUAUUUUUCGGGAAUAAAGGAGUGAGAUUAAUUUAAUGAAAUAGGAAGUCUCGGAAGGAGAGAUGCCAAAUAUCAAGCUUCAGAGUUCUGAUGGUGAGAUUUUCGAGGUGGACGUGGAGAUUGCCAAGUGCUCGGUGACGAUUAAGACUAUGUUGGAGGAUCUGGGAAUGGACGAGGACGAGGAAGAGGUUGUACCCCUGCCGAAUGUCAACUCGGCAAUUCUCAGGAAGGUCAUCCAGUGGGCGACUUAUCAUAAGGACGAUCCACCACCACCAGAGGACGAUGAGAACAAAGAGAAGAGGACUGAUGACAUCAGCUCUUGGGACGCUGAUUUCCUGAAGGUUGAUCAGGGCACACUCUUCGAGCUGAUCCUCUCCGCCAAUUACCUGGACAUCAAGGGUCUCUUGGAUGUAACCUGCAAGACAGUAGCCAACAUGAUCAAAGGUAAAACCCCAGAGGAAAUCCGCAAGACUUUCAACAUUAAGAACGACUUCACAGCCGCUGAGGAAGAGCAGGUUCGCAAGGAGAACGAGUGGUGCGAGGAGAAGUAGAUGAAUACCCCAAUAAUUCGACUGCUCCACUGACUUUCGUUAUCUUCGUUGUAUGGAGGAGGUUGAAGAGUCCACAUCUCUCAAAGUUAAAUUGAAAAUCGUCGUCUCAGGAAGGAACAAGAACAUUUGAUAUUUCGAACUUUGGGAUUCAAUGGCUGCUGAAUUAAUUGUUUCUCUUUUGUAAGGAAAUUAAAUUCCAGGGACUUGUGAUUCAUCAUCGUAACGAGAGAAUAUAUAAAACGAAUAAUAAAUAGUCUUGUAUCAAAUAAGUCUCGCUUGAAUUCACAGAAAGUUUAGAUUGUAUGGUGUUAAAAAUUUGAGGAAAAUUCGAGGAACUUGUGGGUCAAUAAACAUUUACUGUUUAAAUUGGAAUACUCAUCUCAGAAUCAGCGGAACAUACUUGAAUUUUUCAGCAAUUGUUCUUCGACGGCAGCUCCUUCGAAUUUUCAGAUAAAAUUUUUAACAAUGUAGGCUUUAAGUAAUAUAACUGUAUUAAUACUUAAAUUAUGCGUUGUAAUAUUUCGAGCUACCAUUAAUUACUCCUCGGUUUCCAUAAAUUGGUCGUUUGGUAGAUUUCAUCGGACACAUUCGUGUCUUCAGUGAGUUAUUUAUCGAAGAAUACAUGUUUUUGAAUCGAUAA